CGAGAGGGACGAGGCGCGGGGCGGCGCAAACCGCCCGCCAGACGCGUAGUUCACUAACAGCUGGCCGACAGCGAUGGACGACGUUUCGGAGUAGCGUGUGGGGCGCUUCGCGCGAUCGACGGUGAUCGGUGAUCGAUGACGCUGCGGAAAUCUGCCGCGCGCCGAGAGCGCGCGAGAUACCCGCGGGGCCUGCGCCACGCCGCCUCCUAAUCCGGAACGCCACCCUGGCCGACGUGGAGUCGGUGGAGUCGACAGAGAGGCGACUUUCCCCCCCGAGUCCGAGCGCCGCGAAUGUUUUGUUUCUCGGGCACCUAACCUACUUCACGUACGUACGACGCGUGGGAGCGAUAACGCUCGGCGUGCGCGACUCGCAACAUCGGCGCUAUCGCCGCGCGAUGACUUCAUCGCUCGCCGCGGGCGCUUCCUCGUUCCUUUGUCAGUAUCGCCCGUGACGUCCGCGCGCCCCGAGCGUAAUCUACGACACACAUCCAGUCCGCGGUCAGUCACGGCCACGGGAGGGGGGAGGGGGAGGACAUCUCCGGAGACACGGCCCGGCUCCGGUUGAUCCUCCUCGAGCUGACGACGCGACCGCGAAGAUGCUCCAGCGACGAGACCGCGGCGUAAGACGUGUCCUCGCUGUGACGUACCGUGUGGCUAGCGCGCAAGAUGAACUCGCUGCUGAAGAUGUCCAUAGUGGGCAACAAGAGGAACCUGCUGGUCCGCGACUCCCUCCAGAAGCAGCUCAACACGAGCGUCAUGGAGAUGCAGAGCGCCCCGGGGGCCGUCGACGACGGCGUCGUCGGCAACUGCGACGAGGCCAUGACCCUGUGCUCCAUCCUGGAGGGCAUAUUUCUCCACGGCUUGAAGGACAGCCUGCUGAAUCGAGUCACCGAGGCCCUGAGCGGCCCCGACUUCGACGCUAUGCCGCAGCCGAGCUUCUGGGGUCCGCUGUUGGUGUUUUCGCAUCGUCAGAUCAUAGACCAGAUACAGGCGCUGAGCCAAGUCACCACGGAGGUCGGCUACUGCCGGGCGUGGAUACGGCUGGCGUUAAACGAGGGCCUGCUAGCUAGCUACCUUUGCGCGAUAAGGCGGGACAACUCGGCCCUCAAGCCGUACUACAAUCGUUCGGCCUACAUCAGAGACGUGGACCUCGUCGAGGUCGCGCAGAGGCUGAUAGAGAACCUGGAUUACGUGCGGUUUGAGUUGGCCUGCAACAGCAGCCUGCUCAACUUCUGGUCCACCACUCCUCUGCUCAUAGCCGGCAUCUGGUCCCCGCCGAUGAAAUCCUGUCCCGUAUUUAGCGCGGUGGAUAUAGCGAAAACGAUAAACAGCGAGUCGACCGAUAACUUCGACGACGUAGAAACCGCAAGCUCCAUCGGUAGCUCCAUCGGAAUCGGAUCCUUCACUUCCUCGCAGUCUGUGUUCAAUAACGUAGCUUCUAUCACGGAGGACGAGGCGUUGAAAAUUAUACUGGCUAAAGAGAGGUCUAGCAAUGUUGUUGAGCAGUCGCACAAUCCCGAGGAUGCGGUAGCGAGCGGCGCGCGGGAAAACAAUGCCGCUCGACAGUUACACAAUUCUGUAGAUACGUUCGCGAAGAAUCCGGAGGAGGACGAGCGGGAGGUACGACGGAUGUCAAAUGGCAGCGCGGGGAAUAAGAAUGCAGAUAAUGUUGCUGCUGAUACGGACGACUCGCCGUUGCGAGAUGCCCCGAGAGACAACGAGAUCGUCGGCGACGCCACCGCGGCCACUGUGGGAAAUUCGUUGAUAGGAAAAUUAGGAUGGUCGACGUCGUUCGAGGAUUGCCAGUCUUCGUUAACUUCACCUGUGAUAUCCCACGGAUCAGGCGCGGAUGCGCCUCGCACGCCCGGCGACGGUCCCACGUACGACGCGCUCAUUCAAAGUUACCAAACUGCUGGAAACAGCACCGUACCGGACCUGAAAGAAUUUCUGAACAAGUAUCCAAAGAAAGAAACUGUCGAAGAAGGAACCAAGGCUCAGCCGGAGCCAAAGGCUGUGGUGAAUUUCGACGAGCAGUUGGGUAAUAUUCCAAGGGAGAAAGGCUUAGAUGUGCAGAAUUACAGUUGUCUCGAUUGCGGCUACGCGAUCGGCAUGACCUUCUCCAAAGCGCACGUGUGCGCGUACUCGGGAGAUUACUACUGCUCAAAGUGCAUAGCAGAGGGGCAGUAUCUCAUACCGUCGCGCAUGAUUCACAACUGGGACUUGAAACAAUACCCCGUUAGCCGAAAGGCCGCCUCGUACCUGGACGGCAAACCGGUCCUGAUGGACCUAAAGAUCUUAAAUCCGAAGAUCUACAUGGCCGUGGAUACUAUGGCGCAACUGCAGUCGUUGCGGAUUCAGUUGAACCUGCUGAGAGCUUAUCUGUUUACGUGCCGCGAACCCAUUAUUGAGUCUCUGCAGAAUAAGGUUGCACCGAGAGAUUAUUUGUAUGAACACGUUCACCAAUAUUCCGUUUCCGAUCUUCUCGACAUACCUAAUGGCAUUCUCGCGCAACAACUGCAAAAGGUUGUCGAAUUCGCGAGGAAUCAUGUAACAAAUUGUUGGCUUUGUAGUCAAAAGGGCUUCAUAUGCGAGGUGUGUAACGACACGAAGGUCAUUUAUCCUUUUGAUAUGGAGUCUACAUUCCGGUGUGGGGCGUGUAACGCCGUAUUUCACGCGGAUUGUUUAAACGCCAGUAAACCGUGCCCAAAGUGCGAACGCAGACGUAAACGGAUGGAUAUGCCUCUUUUGGAUAUGGGAUGUACAGAUCUACCCAACAGCAGCGUAUCGUCGUCUCCGAUUGAUAUGAAUUAAUGUAUAUACAUGUAUCAUUGGUUUGUUAAUACUUUUGACAAUAUUUCUAUUAUAUUUUAAUGCAGUAUUGAUUGCGUAAUUUCUAUUCCGAAAAAUUGACUUUGCCAUACGCGAUAAGUCGCGGAUAUCUCCAAUCUUCGAAACCGCGAAUCUCAUCGUUCAAUUUUCUCAUGUAAAUAUUUGUAUGUACUGUGCUGCGUAAAGAUGUACGGAAGUGCAUAUUUUUUUGUCAGUCCAACUGAUAUAUUGUUAUAAAUUUACUUUUUAUUCUGAUACGAUUAAAAAGAUGUUUAUACCUUACAAGACUGGCAGCUUUCCACGCGUGUGCGAAACACAUAUAUAAUAGAGACAUUUAUUAUUAUAAUUUUAUGUACAAAAGUAGUAAAAUAUAUGAAAUCAUUUAUUUACCA